AUGAUUAACAAUCCGCUCAGAUAUCACCUCAGUGGAAUGGUUCCCAAUGAUCCUCGCUGGGUCGUCCAGGCAGGUGAUUCUGCAAAGUACCUUGCCAACUACCAGGCCCUCGCAAAGGAAUUGAAGAUCUGCAUCGUCCCUGGAACAAUCAUCGAGAAGCAGGAGGGACCGAAUGGAACCCCAAUCUUCUACAACACCGCCUACUUUAUAUCCAAUGAUGGGUCGAUUCUUGGCUCCUAUGUCAAGAAGAAUAUCUGGCACCCCGAGCGCCCGCAUCUCACUUCUUCCGGCUUGGACCGCCAUGUCGCCAUCGACACACCGAUCGGUCGUGUGGGCAUGCUGAUCUGCUGGGAUCUGGCGUUCCCCGAGGCGUUCCGCGAGCUAAUUGCGGACGGAGCGGAUAUUGUGAUCAUCCCUACAUACUGUGAGCAAUAA